UAUAAUGUUUUUGUGCUGUCACAGUAGUCAUGGUGAACUAAAACAAUAACAUUGGAAUUUCAGUAUUUAUCGUUCAAUUCGUACAUCGUAUUCGUUGCUAUAAUAUAACCACACAAACAGAACAGUGUCGCAGAAUGCCAUCAGAAGGUAGUCGAAACACAGAACCAAAGGAUGAAGGUAAAGAAUUAGAAAGCACUGUUGAUCAAACGGGAACAACUAUUGACACCGUAACGGAAGAACCACCACCCGUUCGUGAAAUCACCCAAACAGAUCGAAUAAAUAAAAGAUUGUUGGUGUCCCUUCUGGAAAACAUGAACAAAAAUCAAUUCUUUGACAUGGGCAAUACAGCCGGACAUGAUGCAGCUGAUAGUUCUGAGAAUCCAGACACUGAUGCUGACUGGAAGUGAAAUGAACAAAAUGUGUCAUUGAUGUGCAGUAAUGAAAGGUUUAUUAAAGAUUUUGUAAUUUGAA